CUUCCAGCAGCUAUGUUGCUUGGCCGGCGCAGACACGAUGAGAAUUUGCGGGAAACCUUUGCGGAAACAUGUACCUAUCAUUGUGUCGUGCGUUUCCCUCCUGCUUUUCGUGCUCGUGCUGACUCUCCAUUCAUCCACGAGGAAAGUGUGGAAGUUCGGCUACGCUGUCACAAUCGAGCCGGACGAGGCAGGAGCCACCGUAUCUCAGAAGCCGAUCCUCGUCUGCGUGUCGUCUGCCUCGGCCAACAGGGAAAAUCGCGACGUCAUACGUGAGACAUGGGGUUCCCAUCCGUUGCUGCGGGUGCUUUUCUUCUUGGGCGUCAACAUCGAGCAUCAAGCGGACGUCAUCGAAGAAGCCCGAAAGCAUGCAGACGUGGUUCAGUAUAAUUUCUUGGACACAUAUCGGAACCUGACGUUGAAGACGGCUUCGAUGAUUCAUUGGGCUCAUCACAAUCGAUGGAAGCAGCGGGAAAUCGUCCUGAAGGUCGAUGACGAUACUUUCCUCAACACGCGGGUUUUGGAAAAGCAUCUCGAUCGCUUCCAGCGACCGGCCAUCUACGGGAGCGUUCUAAAAGACGUCGCGCCUGUCAGAGAUCCGACCAGUCAGUAUUACCUGAGUUGGGCAGAGUACUUCUUCCCGACGUUCCCACCGUAUCUGAGCGGUGCCCUCUACGUUCUCCAGGAGGGAAUCAUUGGAACUCUGUAUCAGAACAUGUGCAAGCUCACGUAUUUGGCCAUAGAAGAUGUCUACUUCACCGGUCUCCUUGCCGAUUUCAUUGGAGUGGAGAGAAUCGCCCUGCCUCAAUCGGCGCGAUUGCUCGACGUGCCCGAGUACAUCAGCGACCGCCGCACAGCUUGGUUCUACGGUGAGGUAAACCUGGAUGUCUCCGCUUUGUUGGGGGUGCAUUACGUUACUCCGGAGCUCCAGAUGAAGUAUUGGAAACAGAUAAAAACGGAUCCUUGAGAGACUCUCAACAUACGCGCAUCAGCGGAAAUUCUCUUCUUCCAUUUAUUUAUUGACCCGGGGCAAAAGUGCCCUACACGUGAGACGCCAGCGUGCUCGUCAUGCGGCGAUGGCGGAAGACCUCCUCGCGCUUAGGGGCCGAGGAAUCGUGGAAAAUCUGCUUGAGAUCGUGGAAACGAAGAGCAUGUUGAUAAUAAAGAAGAAUAGCUA